UCUCAUCCCCCAAAAUGCGUUGUAUUCAACUUUACGUCUUCUAUCUCAUCUCUCAAUUAUUCACUACAGGAUCUGCCCAGAAAACUUUUCAUUAUGGUGUCACAGGUGGCGAGCAGUUUGGAAGGCACGAGCCAUCAACUCGCCUGUCCCGCUUCCAAUCCACGCCAGUAUCCCUGAAUCCCUUGGAGGAUACCCUCCGAGUUCAGCAAAUUCUCAAAAAGCUAGAAGAUCCUGGUGGACUAGAAAUCCGGCGGAGGUCCACGUCACGCCGGUUGCACGGUGUGCUCACUGAGCCAUUCGGAACACCGCUGGUGAUCAGUGGGAACAGCAGUGAGAAGAAGAAGAAAAAACCGCUGAAAAUAAAGAAACGGAAUGGAAGAAGGAACCCAAAGUCACCGGAAGUGAACGAAUACGAGCUUCAACUUGCAAAACAAAUCGAAGAAGAUCAGCUAAAAUUCGUAGAGGACGAGAAGAAUCCGAUGAAGUACGUGGUGGAAAACGGGCUUCUCUUCCGGCAAUCGCGAUAUUCUCCUCUGGCUCGGGUGGAAAUCCCACCGGUCUCAGGAAUGUCUGAAAUUUCUGGAAUUUCACAGAGAACUUCGCAUAGUGUCGGCCAAACUAUGCAGAAUCCACCGAGAAAGCGGAGGAGAAAGCAGAGUUACAAGCUGAAAAAUUCCAAAUCCAGCUCUGAGUCAAUGUUCCGGACUAAUGUUUUCCGGGGGAAUAUUAAUCGACAAAUUCCUGCGAUUCCCCUGCCUUCGCCCUUCUCGGUCGCCUACGGCAAGCCUUCAUUUGCAAUUGCACGGGAAGAAGAUGGAAAAUGCUACACAAAUCGAUUUGGAUACCGAUGUUGUGAUGAAGCUCUGGAAGCGUUGAUCCUGAAAAGUUAUGAAAAACUUCGGCGAAAAUCUAAUGAUUUGGAGGAUAAUCUGUCCAAAAUUGCUUCAACGUUAAGGAGGGACAGUCGACAAGUAUUCGCAAAAAAUCUGGAGGCAAUCGUCUCCACCUCCAACUUCGGCACCUCAAUCCCCUCGGAUUUCUCCUGUAAGGUGGAACUCGGGCCGAAUAGGUUUGUAGCUCAAGUAUUCGUGCCAGAAUUGGGUCUCGACGCGAAAACCACCACACGUAGGCAUCGGAUACCGUACCACGAACUUUCAAGGGAGGAUUUAAGCGAUGCGGCAGAUUUGGUUGUAUCCAGGAAUGGAAUUAUUGUUUCGAAACUUUUAUGAUCUAUUGAUUUUUAUUUUUGAUUUGUAAAUUUUAAUAAUAUCUAGUUUUUUUUUUUGGUUGAUUGAUUAAUUAAUAAUAAAAAAAUUUGAAUUAAAAA